GUAGUAAUUAAGCAAUGUAAUAAAGUUAAUAAAUACGUUUUAUUUAUAAAAUUAAUUUAGUUACUAACUAAUUUAGUUCCAACCACCUACACUUUCCUUUCAUAUUAGAUGUAAGCGCAAGUUGAAAAAACCACAGGAAUGUUUAGAGACGAAAAAAUGUCAGCGAAUUCUCCGUAAACUGACGAGAGUACAGCAAUCAUUUGUAGAAAUGGUACUUAGGAAUGGUCUCAGAAAUCCCUCCGGCAGGCGAUAUGAGAAGGAGGAGCAAAUUUUAUGUUUGUCCAUUUAUAAAACCUCUGCUAAGGCCUACAGAUAUUUGAGGACUUUCCUACCAUUCCCGUCUGUGACAACUCUUAAAAAGAUUUUAAAAAAUAUAUCGAUGGAUGCUGGGGUAACCGAAGAAACUCGCUUACGAUUAAAAACAGCUGGACAAGCCGCAGUUUCGGAUAAAGAAAAAGCUGUUGUUGUAAUGUGGGAUGAAUUACUGUUAGGUUUAGGUUUGCAUUAUGACGAAUGUAAAGAUAAAGUUGUGGGAUUUGAAGAUUGGGGUAACGUUCGAACAAAUAAAUUUGCUGACCAUGGGCAUGAUACAGAAAGAAUGAAAGGAAGCGAUUAUAUCCUACAGUGUAAGUCCAUUAUUUUAAAUACUUUUAUAUUUUUAAAAAUAACGGUAACUUAUUUAAAUAUUGUUCUUAAAGAUGGCUGUUUUAUUUUAUUUGACAUGGAGAUAAUUCCAUUGUUUGAUCCACCUCAUUUGAUUAAGUGCGUUCGAAAUAACUUGAUUGACAAGGAUCUCGAGUUUGAUGUUCAUCCUAGUAAAAAAUCGACGGAGAGAAAAUUCGCUUCUUGGCAAGACAUCGUAAAUGUAUACGAAAUCGACAUUUACGGACUACAAAAUCAAAGGUUUUUGCCCAAGUUGACGGAUAGACAUAUUUAUCCUAAUAAAAUAAAGAAAAUGCGGGUUAAAAAUGCAAUCCAAGUUUUUAGUCUCUCUGUUGCAAGUAGAUUGGAAGGCUUAGCAGGAGGCAGAGGUACUAUUUCUUUUAUAAUAUGAACAUAAUUUGAAAAAAUUAUUUUUACCUUUUAAACAUUCUUUUAAAAAUUAGUGAAUCGAAUAUUUAAUCGAACUCAAUUUUUUCUUAGUCUUUCU